CCUCACCUGAAGGGGAGGUUGCCUAGUAGCUAAAUAUUUUCUCUAAUAAUACAGAAGUGAAUCGCUUUUUGAAUUAUAUUUGGAGAAUGCCUUUGGUGUGUUGGAACUGGUAGUAAGUAUUUAGUUAGAUUUGGAGAAAUCAUAUCGAAGAAGGGGAAAACGAGACUAUAACGUGGAGGCAAAGGAGAUUUUUACGCGUUGGCAACUGCUCUUAGCCCCGCCUCCACCCUGGCCGGUUUCGUCGGCGUGUCGUGAGCCAGUCAGCUGUUCGAAGUCGGGGAACGUAGACAUGUGGCGCAUUUAGUUGUGAUCUUCGUUAUUUCUCCACUUCUCUCCAUUCAUUUGGUGUUCUAAGUUCGUUGUUUCUUUGCGUCGUUGUGACACCACGGCCGUCGCCCCUGACACAAGCCGAAUCGAAGGAGAGAGAAGAGGCAUCGCGUGCAGAAAAGUUUUCCUUGUAAUUUGUAAACAUCCCGUGUUGAUACUGCAAGAGAGAGAGAGAGAGAGGACCAUGCGUAACAACAGAGGCCUCUCCCACGCUGCAUAGAACCCACGUGAAAUCCUUCUCCUUAUCCAACCCUCCUUUUCUUCUCCUCGAAUCAAAACAACACUUAACGUAACAACAACAGCAAAAAACAAAACAAAAACUAACAAAGACAGCGCCAUGGACAAACCCACCCUCCUCUCCGCCUCCUCAUGAACGCAGCGAUUUGAACAGAGCGAAAUGUUCUCAGCGGACGAGAGGGAACAGCUGGUGUCCACGAGCGACGUGUCCGCGACAGAUUCCGGCGACACGAUGGACACGGCGGAGGAUGAGAGUCUGGACAUGGGAGACGAGGCGCUGGACAUGGGAGAUGUGAAUGGCAACUCCACCAAAGGAAUGUCAACACGUCCGCUGUGCGAGGUGCUGACGGACGCGGGCCGGUUUGCGUACUGCGGCCUCGUCACCUGCGCCCUCACCCACCUCUUCACGGACACGCCCACGGACCAUGAGUUCGCCCUGGCCACGCUGGGCCGCCUCGCCCGCCAUCUGGGCCUCCCCGCGCAGGUGACGCAGGUGAUGGAGAUGACGAUUCGCGGGGAGGUGGAGCCCAGUACCUCCUCCACUUACGUCACGUGCCUGAAGGAGGAGCCGCCCUUGGCACGUACGAGGGUGCCCGUCGUGCAAGAUCUGGUCAUGUUCGCUGUUCAGGGAGGAUGCUACGACGCCCGCAUCAGAGUGCUGAUCACCCACGUCACCUGCCUCCUCGCCGUCAGCGUCGACCUGCUGGAGAUGUACGAGGAGUCGGUCCUGGAGUAUCUCACCAUGGAGCAGAACCCCGUGACGGAAGAGGAGGAGCGCGAGAUGUCGAAGCGGAAGCGAUACCAGAAGAUCAAGCGCUACACAGCCGUCGGCCUCGCUACCCUGGGCGGGGGCGCUAUCCUGGGGCUCACGGGGGGGUUGGCGGCCCCCCUCAUCGGCGCUGGACUCGGGACUAUCAUUGGGGCGGGAGGCGCGGCGGCGUUGUCCUCGACGGCGGGCGUGGCUGUGGUGGGCUCCAUGUUCGGCGUGGCUGGAGCUGGGCUCACGGGCUUCAAGAUGCAGAAGCGGAUCGGCGAGGUGGAGGAAUUCGCCUUCGACUACCUCACCGACGGAAGCCACCUGCACAUCACCAUCGCGAUCUCCGGCUGGCUCACCAAGGAAGGCAUAGCGGAGUUCAGUCUGCCGUGGAGGACGCUGUAUAAUUCGAGGGAGCAGUACACACUUCGCUACGAGUCCCAGUACCUGCUGGAGUUGGGCCAGGCCAUGGACUACCUCCUCCAGUUCGCUCUUUCCAUGGCAGUUCAGGAGACUCUUAAGUACACUAUCCUUGCUGGUAUUAUUUCAGCAAUCACAUGGCCUGCGUCCCUCCUCACUCUUGCCUCAGUGAUCGACAACCCUUGGGGAGUCUGCUGCAGGAGAUCAGCGGAAGUGGGGCGUCAGCUGGCAGAAGUCCUUGUCCAGAGACAGCAUGGCAAACGCCCCGUGACCCUUAUAGGCUUCUCUCUCGGGGCGAGGGUCAUCUAUUACUGUCUUCUGGAAUUAAGCCGGCGAAAAGGGAGUGCGGGAAUCAUACAAGACGCCAUAUUCUUGGGAGCUCCCGUGCCUGGCUACAGCUCUGACUGGAAAGAAUUUCGCAACAUCGUAUCUGGACGAAUCAUCAACGGGUACUGCCAAGGAGACUGGCUGCUGAGGUUUCUGUAUCGUUCCUCGACCGGCACCAUGAAGAUCGCUGGCCUGAUGCCCAUCGACUGGCAGGAUCGCAGGAUGUUCAACUUCGACCUUUCUGAUAUUGUUACUGGUCAUAUGGAUUAUGCCAAGAAGAUGGAUGUGAUUCUACGGUUGUUGGGAAUCCGCACGCGUGACCCCAUGACCGACAAUGAUCCCAGAGUCAAGAAGAGUGCGUCAGAUUAUCCAGGGUUUAUGUCUAUGCAUGGAAAAAUGGAGUCUUCAGGUCUUCGUCCCUCAAGUUCUGACAGCAGGUUGCUCUGUGGCCGAGACGCUCCCCUCGCAAGGGCCUACUCCUCAGACGACCUCCUUCUCCCCAGGACUGCCUCCUCUCAGCUCAGCAAGUCAAGUGCUGAGGACCUCUCUACCCUCAGGACAUUCUCCUCCACAGACCUCAGCAGUAGAGACUUUUCCUCGAGCGGCGACAUUGGCUCUCCCAAGCCCUUUGUCCGGGAAUUGCCCAGGGGCAGGACUCUCUCAUCAAGCAACCUCCUGCUUGGCAACAGGCUCUCCUCUUCCUCCUCCUCCUCAAGCGAUCAGGUUCUCGGGGACGACAAAAUGCAGCCGAGGUCUAAAAGCUCUUACUUCUCCGACAUGUUCUCAAGGAAGCCACCCUCUGCAAGCCCCAAAGAACAGAAACAGACUCUUGCUCAGGAUAUGUUUAAGAGAAGGACUGUCUCAUCCGGCAAUCUCUUCCCAGUCAAAGGUGGUCUGUCUAAUCGAGAAUUCCAACGAUCAAAUUCUCAGGAACAGUCCAAACAAUCCCUGUUUCAGCUAUUUUCGAAAAAACAAGAACGUAUUGAGGAAGAUAGCCCAUGAUUCAGUAUAUGUGUGUACAUACCAUGCAUUUAUACUUUCAUAACUUUACAUUUAUUUCCAGUUUUUCUGUCAUACUUUGUCAUGUUUUAUUUUUUAUUAUUUCCAAAACUUAAAUGUUCCUUUUUUCAACAAAUAUUAGGGAAUGUGUGUUAGGAAUUAAAAAUAAUACCAGUCACAUAAUAUCUUCUCACUUCACAUGAACAAUUUUCUUGCAUAAUAUAUCCACUGAAAGAAUCAAAUGUACCAUUUUAUUUCUCUCAAAUUGUUUUACUUGAAAUUAAGAAAUUAUUAUGAGAUGAUAGAUGUUGAUAGUGGCAAAAUUGUGAUAACAUCAGUGAUUUUCAUUAUUCUUGAUGAAAUAUAUAUAUUUUUUAACUUUUGUGUAUUAUCAUUUUUACUUUUUGAUGUUUCUGUUUGAGUUAUUUUGUGGUUUUGCUUUUGAAAAAAAUAUUGUUUCAAUUAUUGUUGUGGCAUUUGAUUUUAGAUUAUUUUAUAUAGUUUAAAGGAUAUAAUGGUUAUUUUGAAUGUACAUUUUUUUCUUUUGUAAUUUUUUUUUCUUAUAUGAAUUAUGCAUAGCUCUGUAUGAUCAUUGAAAACAGGAAAUCAGAGAAUAAAAGAAAAUAUGAGAAGAGAGACAGAAAGAAGUUGAAUAAAACUGAUCAAGUAUUAUUAAUAAGACAGUAGUUUUGAUUAUGGUAUGAUCAGUUUUAGUAUUAGUCCCAUGGUGACUCCCCCAUAGGUGUCAAAGGUGUUAGAAAAGGGAAAUUACCUGAGAAACACUUGAAAUAAGUGUAUGGGAUUGUCUGGCAUGUAGCUUAAUACACACCAGUCAUCUAGAGCGUUGAUGAUAUAGCCAUGAUUGUUACAAGUUCAUUUCCAAUGAUCCAAUACAAUAGUUUCAACUACUCACACUUUUUAUGAUCAACAAUGACUGAAUCACAGUAGGAAAAAGGGCUUAAUUAUAGCAUGACACAGGAUAAGAUGCAUGUUCCUACUGAAGGACAAACCAUGCACAAUUUUCAAGCUGUGGAAAGUGAUUAUGCAUACUGUUUGAAGGGAAUGGCAAAACUGCCAAAUCAUGUUUUGUAUGAAUAUCUAUUCUCAUAUACUAGAAUUUACAUAAUAGUUCUCUGGUUGUAACCUGUUUAUUAUUUUUUUAGGGAAACAAGAGCCCAUGUUAAUAUGAAAAAAGAUGGCUUGUACAUACAAAAUAACAUCAAUUUAUUUAUUUACCUAGUGAACAAUCAUACAUAUAUAUGACACAAAAUAUAUGUAUCAAAAAUGAAAAAAGGUUAAAAAAAAGGAUAUAAUGAAUAUACUGCUAUAUUUUUAAGUGCUUCACCUGCUGUUUUACAAUGAGAACUCACAGAGUAUUGAGCAUUUCCUAUACUAUAUCAACAGGAUAUGUUUGGUAUAUGAAUUCCAUAUCUAACAGCCUUUCAGAACCCCCACAAAUGAUAUUAUAGAUGCUUAACUAGCUUCUGUAGUUCCUAUGCAUUAUAUAUACAGUAUAUAUAUACAUAUAAAAUAAUAAACGUCCACUAGACACUAAUGUCGAGGCCUAUGCUCACAGCACAUUUAAAAUUUGUUGAUUAUUUCCCUCCUUUUGUUUUAUCCCCUUUUCUUUCAUCAUCGUCCACAAUGCUGCUGUCAGGGAACUUGUGAUAUGUAGCAGUUGCAAAGGCGCUACAACUCCGUGCCAAUGGAUGUUUUUCCUUAGUGUCAUUUAAUGUUCGAAGGUUAAGAGAAGAGUUGUUGGUUUUAUUCUCUCUCUAUUGAAAUGUGAUACGGGAAGAGUAUAGCAAGUUAAUGUGUGCUGUUAUUAAGUUGCUGUUGCGUAUCUUUUGUAAGGUCGUUUUACUUUCUUUGUAACGUGUGGUUUGUUUGUUAACUGAUAUGAAUGGAGUUUACAGUCUAUGUUUCUUGUAAGUAGCUACUUAGAGAGUGAUGUAAAGAAAGUAAUCAAAUUUGAUUUGUCUUUUUCUUAAGAAUGACACUGAAUUGUGAUCUUAAGCACAAUAAGCCCUUAGCAUUAUGCAGGUGUAUCAACUUUUAUCCUUAACUAAAGAUGCAAUGUUACAUUCAUCUGCUACUUAAUUUGUAAUGUAAAGGAUGUACACAUAUUAUAUUAUUGAAUCCAUGAAAUAAUUAUUUUUGUGGCUUUGUAAUGCACUAGUUAGUAAGAACAAUAGUAUAUGAUUUGGGUUGAUUUAAUUGUCUUUUGAUAUAAUUUCUGCACCAGGUUUUAUAAUCUGUAAGCCACCAUGUUUGUAUUUAGCAAAAACCACAUUUCAUAAUAUAAGAAAAGUCGAAAAGCAUACAACCAUCGGGUUUUCAGUCAGGUUUCGAGUGCGAAAUACAAACUAAUGAUGGCUUGCAAUAAAACCGUCAAAAAGAGCAGGUUGACAUGCUGUCUUGUGAAGAAUGGGACUGCUAAAGAAGUUGUCCUAUUAUUCUGCUCUGUACCCAUUAGGAAGGAAAGCAUGUGCGAAAAGCAUACAACUGUACGCAUAGUGUAGCAUCUACAUUUCAUAGGAGUAGAGAGCUAUAGUGUGUGCAUCUGUUAUCAGUUCAGGAUACAGUACCUUGCAGGUGUGUGAGUAUAUGUUUGUGUGUGACUAUUACUUAUGGUCUAUUUACUUUGCAAAUAUACGGUACAUAUGUCGGGGAACUUCCCCUAUUCCAUGGUGUAAAACUGCUUAAAAUUGUUAAUCCUUUUAAAAGUUCACUGAUUGUUUUCAUGUUAUAUAUAUUUUAGGCUUCCAUUCAAGUGAAAAUAUGUAUAUAGGAAUAAAUGUUACUAAAAAUACUGUUAUAUAUGAAGAUAAAGAGAACAUGUUUUAUGAGACUAUUAUAUAGUAUAAAAGUUUGUAUUCAGAUUAUUUGCUUUAUAUAUAAAAUCUAUUUUGCCUAUGGAUAUAGAUCUAGCAACUUUUACAUUUAAGGGUCACCAUAGAUACCCUACAAGUCCAUGUAUACAUAACUCCCGCAACAUUGUAUAAUGUAAGAUAGAGCAUACAGCAGUAGUUAGUGUCGAACACAUAUCACUGUAUAUUGAGCACAUCAUAUCAAAACCUCAGACUCUCUGCUACCUGUACCUUAAGAAACAUGAAAGUCGUUGUGGAAAGAGAAGGAGUGUCUUUUGAGUUGACCAAACCAAAGUGGCUUGACAACUGGCAACAAAAAUGAUGAUAAAGGGAAUAUCUAUAUAUAUAUUAUCUUAAGUGUAUAAUGAAGAUUUGCAGAAUUAAUUACAAAGGAGCACAGGUAUUGAGGGUUACUGUGUAGCAUAAUAGAUCUAAUAGAAAAAGCCUUGUUCUUCACAAUGUUUCUUGGUGUGAUGUUAUUGGGAUGCACCGAGUGUUGUAUAUGUGUCAUGCACAUACUGUAGAUAAGAUCUGCACUAUUAUCAUGUAAAUGUACAAAAAAUAGGAAAAAAAAGUUGCUUAAAGUUGCUUCAUGUGAAUAUUUAGUUUUCUAUUUGAUGGCAUCAUCAGGAAUUCUUUUUCAUAAUCCUUUGACUAGAUAAAUCUUGCAUUCAGUAAGUCGUAUUGAAAAUGACAUUUAUUUUUUUUCUCUCUCUGCUUGAGUUUGCUAUGGCAUUACCAAGUCAGAGCAUGCUAUGAUACGAACUGAAACUAAAGUAGUUUGUUUUUUGCCAUAGAAGCCAUAGUUUUACCUUUUCCAUUUUAUAUUAGUUUGGUUAGCAGAGCCAAGAAAAUGCUAAGGAUCUUUUUGAAUCAACAUUCAUAUCACUUAGAGCCUUAAACUUGUCUUGAAAUGCUUUUUCUUAAGAGAAACUGUAAUUAUAAACUGUAUUUUAAUAUUUGCUUCUUUUUAAGGGACUUCCAUAUCAUGCUAUAUUUUAAAUUUUCACAGUUUUUUAAAUACUUAACUUUUUUAUUCUCAGUGCGACUGUUAGAAGAGUCAUUACUGGGUAUGUUUUAUUCUCUCAAAUAUGAAAUAUUUGUCAGAGAUGUAUUUUGAUUUAUGCACAUAAUAGCCAUUGUUUCUUAAUUAGUGUAAUCCCAGAGAUAUUUUAUUUUAGAGCAGAUUAACACUGCAUAAUCCAUUGAAAUUAUCAGUAAAGUUGUGAUAACCAGCGUUUAAAAACAAAAAAAACGUUACUUCAGAUUUAUCCUUAAAGUGUAACCUUUUUUUUUUUUCUUUUUUUUUUUUUUUUUUUUUUUUUGAUCAAAGAUUGUGAAUGUGUAUAUCUUUAUUGUUUGAUGAAAAAAAAAAACAAUUAUGGUCAGCAGACACACACUGAUAAAACCAGAAGAGAGAUUUUUAUAGGAAAUUAAUAUAAUUAGGCUGGAAAUGCUAUAUAUUUUAUUAUUGGCAGUUUUGCUACAUUGUACUCUUUUAUUUAAUUUUUGAGUUCAAUAAAAUAUACCUAAA